UGGAAACACUUCUGACCAUCAGUAGUUGGGAUGAGCCUAUAAAACAUUAGUAAUCUAAUAAUUCAGUGAAAUUGUGUCUUUGAAAUAACUAUGAGCUUUUCAAAGGGCUUCACGCCUCACCGGGUGUAUUUUCCAAUUACUAUUGACAGUAGUCAUAUUUAAGAUAAAUACAUAAAUCAUUUCCAGAAAGUUUAUUCUGCAUAUACGGCAAAUGUGUGUAUACGUCAAUUUGAUUGUAAGGAAUGGGGACCAUCGGUUAGAUGUAUUUAGCGGCAAAAUGGGUUUUAUAUUAACGAUGAAUUAAUGAAGUUUUCAUUCGUAUCAUAGCAUACAUUCAGAUGUUCGUGCCUCUAGCUGUAACUGGUGUAUUGCGUUUACCACACUGAGCACUCUACAUAUUUAUAAGAAAAGGAUUAAACCGUGAUAUAUUUAUCUAGGAACCAAACACUCGGUAGUAUGUUUCAGCACGGACAUAGUUCAGAACCGGAUCUACAAGAACUCGGCAGUGCCGAUUGUUUCGGUGUCCGACUGCUAAACCGGCCGCUAGCUGCGCGGCGACUCGCUCCCUCGAAGCAGACAUGCCCAAAAAGAAAACCGGCGCCCGGAAAAAGGCGGAGAGCCGCAAAGAGCGAGAGAAGCAGACCAGAGCCAAUCGCGAUGUCAUCGAUGUGGCUAAACACCCGUGCAACUUUAACAUGGACUGUGACAAAUGUCAGAGAAAGCAGAAGAAUAGAGCGUUCUGCUACUUCUGCAACUCGGUGCAGAAGCUGCCUGUCUGCGCUCAGUGUGGCAAAACCAAGUGCAUGAAGUCAUCAGAUUGUGUCAUCAAACAUCCUGGGAUCCACGCCACUGGAAUGGCCAUGGUGGGAGCAGUGUGUGACUUCUGUGAGGCCUGGGUUUGCCACGGCAGGAAGUGUGUGAGCACUCACUCCUGUGUGUGUCCUCUGACUGACGCGGACUGCAUAGAGUGUAACCGCGCCGUUUGGGAUCAUGGAGGCCGAAUCUUCCGCUGUUCCUUUUGCCACAACUUCUUGUGUGAGGAUGAUCAAUUCGAGCACCAAGCGAGCUGCCAGGUCCUGCAGGCGGAAACGUACAAGUGUAUUUCUUGUAAUCGACUGGGACAACACUCCUGCCUGCGCUGUAAGGCCUGUUACUGUGACGACCAUGCCAAGAGUAAAGUCUUCAAACAGGAAAAAGGCAAAGCCCCACCCUGCCCGAAGUGUGGACACGAGACUCAGGAGACCAAAGACCUCAGCAUGUCGACUCGCACGCUGAAAUUCGGCCGGCAGGCUGGUGCCGACGACGAUGACGACGACGACGACGGGGCGUCAGGCUACGACGCCUACUGGAAGAACCUGGCGUCCGGAGGCGGCCAGCGGGACAACUACGACGACGAGGAUGAUGACGACGACGACGACGAGGAUGAUGAAGACGAUGGCGAGGAGGAGGAGGAAGAUGAGGAUGAGGAUGAAGAAGAGGACAAAGCUGCAGGCUCUGUGGCUGCUCUUAAACUGGACGGGGCCGCCUGAGCUGCGCAAGUCCCAAAAACCAUCUUGAGCCUCGGCAGAUGUUCACUCGGUCAGAAGUCAGUAUGAGUCAGUCCCUAUUGAUAAUAGUACAGUUACGUAAUACGAGGAAUAUCCAUGUUUUUUCUAUAAGACCCCCUCAAACAGCAGCACAAGAACCGGAUACAAAAAAGAUAAUAAACAAGAUCAUGAAUCUACAUGAUCCACAAAUUCAAAAUAAGUUUACGGCCGUUACGGGAUUUUUUUUUUUUUUUUGUUACACACAGGGAUCUGGAUUGAUGCAUUUGGAGGACCGAAGGCUAGAAUUAGCUUUAGGUAAAAAUCAUUCCUGAAUGAUUUGCAACCAAGAAAGUCCUCGAUAGUGUAGCAAUGCCAAAAAUGUGUUACGAUUCAAUAACUAUUCCCACUUUGUUUCGGAGGUAUCGCGUUUGCCUCAGCAGGCGGCUCUAAAGACAACGACAUGCACGAGCCUCAGUUGCACCGAAAAUGUUGAACCUUUGGACAUUAUUUAAGAAAAGGUUAGUGGCACAUAACAGAAGGCCAUUGGCUACUUAGUUCUUACAGAAAUGCACCUUGGGAGCCACAUUUAACUCCUCCAGCUGAAUUACUCAUGUGUACAUGGGAUCACUUCUAAAUUGCUGAUCGUCCGUACUGUCACGGCUCUGGAAUUAAAGCGGCACUUCCCAUUUCGCAGCCCAAUAAUGCGUAAGAAUAAUAGUAAUAAUAAUGAUCUGUUCUUCCUGUUACUUGUGGUGUGCAUCCUGAAAAUGGCAGUCAAUAUGCGCGGUAAAUUCAGCCCAGGUCUUUACUGUAAUACGUGCUGUUCUGCCGAGCAAGUCACCUGCAUUUGAUGGUAUCUGGAUUCCUUAUCAAAACAUGUUUACUCCGAUCUUGUGUCCUCCGCUGCGUCUGUGGUGACACGUUUGUGUUAGAAAUGCUAUUGAAUAAAAACAUAUACAAACCCCAAACAUCA